UUAGGUUUGAUUUGGGUUUUAAUUUGAAAAAGUAACAAUAUAAGACAAGGUUGAGAUUUGAAAACAUUCAUAAGGUAGUUUUUUUUUUUAAAAAAAUAUUGUUCAUCCAUAAAAAUAAUACGUUUAAAUUUAUGAAAAUAAUUUAAGAUUAAUUAUGUGAGUUAAAUUGAUAUUGCAAUGUAAUGAUAUUGAAAUAAAUCCAUAAAAGGAAAGAUAAAUGAAUAUUAAAACAAUAGUAAUUGAAUUGUGUAUUGAAAUCCUGCACUUUUGAACCAAAAACUCGUAUAUUUUAUUUAAAAUCUAUGCAUAUUUUUAAAAAAAUUAAGCUUUUUUGGGCACAUUCUAAGUUUGUUAAUAUUUCUUCACCUAUUAAGAUAAUGUGAUUUCCCAUUGAUGAUGAAUUAGUAGGGUCGUAAUACCAUAUAGUUGUACAGAAAAAAAUUUGUAGGCCAUUGGGGGCUUACCUAGAGAUAGUCGAAGAGGUUCAUCCAAACUUUUUUGGUGAAAAAUUAUAUUAUAUAUAAGAUACUUUAAAAAAAUUUAUGUCUAUAUUGAUUUUGAACUUCAUAAUAUAAGAUUAGAUGUUGUUUUAGUAAUUAAGGUUAUAACACUCACCUCAAGCAAUGACGUAGUUACAUGGUUGUCAACGUGUCCAAUUGGACAACCUUUCUAGGAAAAAAAAUGUUGUAUGUGUUGAAGAAGAAGGAAGGUGACGAUUGAAACAUACAUGUCAAAAGGAACAGGUCCAACAAAGGCGACUAGAGAGUUUACAACAUUGUUGUAGAAUUAGAGUUGCACUAGGAUUAGACUACUCAUGUUAUUAGGAUUAUAUUACGACUAGGAUUAGAUUACGAUUAGGAUUAAUAUAAUACAACUAAGUAAACUCGUUAGUCAGCUUCGUUGGACAUGUUACAUGUUCCAAUCUUCAGCUUCCUUCUUCAUCAACAUUUGUUGUAGACACGUCAGUCAGCUGCGUUGGACCUGUUCGUUUGAUAUGUUCGAAUCAUCAGCUUCCUUCUUCUUUAACAGUAUAUAUAAGUAAAAUAAUACACAAAAUAAUUAAAUAACAUAAUUUGGACACCCUUAACUCAACAAGCAGUAAUUUAGAUGUUUGAAUUAAAAUUAUGCUCACGUGUUUAAAUCUCACUAGUUCUACUUUUCUUCAAAUCCCCUUAAUUAAAUUUCUGUAUCCGCCACUGUAGGCCAUUAGCCUGACAACCUCAUGUAAAGUGGCCCCCAUCAUCACGUAUAACCUAGAAGAAGAAAUCAACAAAUUUGAGUUAUGGUCUAAAUGGACCCAAUUACACGCCACCACACCAAUUACACACUACCUUCUCAAAGGACCCUAUUGAAAACUACUUGUCCCCAUGCAUCACUUUAUAUUAUAUAUAUAUAUAUUCACUACCUGUCUACUUUCAUUCAUCACACAUUCUUUUAAUUCAUAGCUUAAUUACCUUCAUUCAUUUCUCAAAUUCUAUUAAUUCAUUCAUUUAACCUAAUUGAUCAUAUAAUUAAUAUCCAUCUUUAUGGAGAAAAUGUUGGUCCAAAUCAAUGGUGUUACUAAGAUUCAUGAGCUUCUUCCGGCGAUUAACGAUGAACAUGGAGGUGUUACUGUAAAAGUUGAGACUCCAAUGGAACCUAAUGUCUUUCAUUACAUGCUUAAACAUUCGAUAACAGAGUGGAAGAUGCAGGGAAAGAAGGGUGUAUGGAUUAAAAUCCCUAUUGAACUUGCAAAUUUAGUUGAGAUUGUAGUAAAGGAAGGGUUUUGGUAUCAUCAUGCAGAACCUGAUUACUUGAUGCUUGUGCAUUGGAUUGCUGAUAGUGAGAGUACUAUACCUGCAAAUGCCUCACACAAAGUCAGCAUUGGUGCUAUUGUACUCAAUCACAAAAGAGAGUUGCUUGUUGUGCAAGAGAAUAUUGGCAGAUUAAAAGGAAGUGGUAUCUGGAAGAUCCCUACUGGUACUCUUGAGGAGGGUGAGAGUAUAUUUGAAGGUGCAAUAAGGGAGCUAAAAGAAGAAACUGGAAUUGACACAGAAUUUAUGGAAGUGCUUGCAUUCAGGCAAAUACCCAAAUCAUUUUUUAACAAGUCAGACUUAUUCUUCCUUUGCAUGAUGCGUCCAUUAUCAUUUCACAUCCAAAAGCAAGACUUAGAAAUUGAGGCCGCUCAGUGGAUGGCAUUUGAAGAAUAUGCUAAUCAACCUUUAAUUCAAAAAGAUGGUCUUUCAAAGUACAUUAGAGAUUUAUGUUUAGCAAAAUCAGAAGGUGAUUAUCAAGGAUUUACUCCAAUGACAAUAACAUCAUCAGUCAUUGAUGAUCAUAUUAGUUCCCUUUAUUUUCUUAAGGAUGCUCUUCACCAGGAUUAAUAAUUACUUACUUCUAUUUUACCUAAUUUGUUACAAGUACUAAUUAUUUGAUUAUUCUUUUUCAAUUGCCUAUACUCCAAAAUAAAGUUUACGUUGUAUCCAAAACAAUUAUUUAUGUAUGUAUCUUUCCAU